AUGGAGUGCCUUGCGGGCAACAGCUGUGGCGGUGCAUCCGGCUACGAGGCCGUGGACCGCGCGGUCUGCAAGGGCACUGCCUGGGAGCGCGACGUGCCCUACGCCGCUAAGGACACCAACAAAUGCUCCACCACUGUCUCGCGCCCCUCCAUCGGCAUCAAGGGCGAUGCCGUAUCUGUGCCGGUAAACAAGAAGACGGAGACCUGGAAGGUGUUCACAGCUAAAAACUCGUGGGGCACUGGCUGGGGCGAGAGCGGAUUCUUCAGGAUGCGCGGCGACUGUCCCUACCCUGGCGCGCUGGGCAUCUACAAGGACACCCUCAACAACGUUCCCCUGAGGGCGUGA